CUCCUGGCACAGGCUCAGCCCUCUCAGGACUGCGCCUGAGGGCCAGGCCUUCCUCCCCCACCGGGGUCUGAAUGAGGACCAUCCCAUCCUUCGUGUGAGCCGCAGUUCCAAGGAUCAAAGUUGUCAGAUCUCAGCAGAGCCCAGAUGGGGUCCCCGUGGUGUGUGCCUGGCUGCUGUCCCUGUCACAGGCUGUCCCCACUGGGGCGGCCACCAAAGUGUGCAACUUACGUGCACACCACUUGUGGGUUUACAACGCAGGGUGUGGAAAGGGGGCCGGGCCCCUACCCAGUCUUCUGUCAAUCACCGAGGGGUCGGGGCUACAGGAGGGCACCGCUGACCCCGGUGUCCCCGUGGGCAGUCCCCCGCUGGGCGCUGGUCGCCAUCGCGGUGCUCCUGGGCCUCCUGCUCCUCACCUGCUGCUUCUGCAUCUGCAAGAAGUGCUGCUGUAAGAAGAAGAAGAACAAGAAGGAGAAGGGCAAGGGCGCCAAGAACGCCAUGAACAUGAAGGACAUGAAGGGCGGCCAGGACGAGGACGACGCCGAGACGGGCCUGACGGAGGGAGAAGGCGAGGGGGAGGAGGAGAAGGAGCCGGAGAACCUGGGGAAGCUGCAGUUCUCCCUGGACUACGACUUCCAGGCCAACCAGCUCACCGUGGGCAUCCUGCAGGCCGCGGAACUGCCCGCCCUGGACAUGGGCGGCACCUCGGACCCUUACGUCAAGGUCUUCCUCCUUCCAGACAAGAAGAAGAAAUAUGAGACCAAAGUCCAUCGGAAGACGCUGAACCCCGCCUUCAACGAGACCUUCACCUUCAAGGUGCCGUACCAGGAGCUGGGGGGCAAGACCCUGGUGAUGGCCAUCUAUGACUUUGACCGCUUCUCCAAACACGACAUCAUCGGGGAGGUGAAGGUGCCCAUGAACACCGUGGACCUGGGGCAGCCCAUCGAGGAGUGGAGGGACCUGCAGGGCGGAGAGAAGGAGGAGCCGGAGAAGCUGGGUGACAUCUGCACCUCGUUGCGCUACGUGCCCACGGCUGGGAAGCUCACCGUCUGCAUCCUGGAGGCCAAGAACCUCAAGAAGAUGGACGUGGGUGGCCUUUCAGACCCCUACGUGAAGAUCCACCUGAUGCAGAACGGCAAGAGGCUCAAGAAGAAGAAGACGACCGUGAAGAAGAAGACCCUGAACCCGUACUUCAACGAGUCCUUCAGCUUCGAGAUCCCCUUCGAGCAGAUCCAGAGAGUCCAGGUGGUGGUCACCGUGCUGGACUACGACAAGCUGGGCAAGAACGAGGCCAUCGGCAAGAUCUUCAUGGGCAGCAACGCCACGGGCACGGAGCUGCGGCACUGGUCCGACAUGCUGGCCAACCCCCGCCGGCCCAUCGCCCAGUGGCACUCGCUCAAGCCCGAGGAGGAGGUGGAUGCGCUGCUGGGCAAGAACAAGUAGGGGCCGCGGCCCGCGCAGCCGCGCUCCAGAGCCGCCGCUACCUCAGCUGGGCAGCCCUCGAGGCGUCCCCGCCCACCUGUGCGCGGCCCUGCCCUCGUUUCUCCGCCCUCGCCCUCUUUCUACAGACCCCUUCCCUCCGACGGCGGCUGAGGAGGGCCCCCCGGAGGUGAGAGAAGCCUGGCCCGUCGUCGCCCGGGGAGCUCCCUCGCUGCAUGCCCGCCACCCUCCUCCUCCAAAGCUCCACCCAGGCCUCGCCCCGAGGGAGGCUCUCUCGGCGGCAUUUUCUGUUUUCUGAGCGUUCCGGACCAACGGAGUGGCAGCACCUCCCGAUUCCCGACGGAAGCAACCAGCGACCGUGCGCGUGUGGGCACCCUCUGUGCCCGUGGAGGGCCGUGGGCGGGUGCCGUGCGGGAGCAGAGGCCUUAGAACCCUGCUCGGACACUGCGUGCGAGUGGCUGUUUGGGAGGCGAGACGGGGAGACUGGCUUGUGCAGAGCCGGGACCAAACCCCGAUGCCGGCGUGGGCCUCCUCCCGCUGCCGGGGGCUUCCCGGGACACCACAGACCUGAGCUACAGGCUAGAUUGGCUGGACUCGAACGGGGACUGUCAGUCCCGCGACCUCACCUUGCUGACGGGUGAGGUCAAGCCGCAAAGAAACAGAAGACCCGUCUCCCAGAAAGGCCAAAAUGAAACUGCCGGACCUUCGCCCUUGCGGUGGGAGACCCAGAGGCCGGCUCCCUUUCUAGGACGGGAGACGACAGUCACUGGCAUCUCUUCCCCUCCCGCCUGUGCUUCUCCCGUAAUCAAAGUGGAGCAGCGCUGUCUGAAGACACGGUAUCUGUCCAGAGCCAGAGGGCUUGAAAAGGAAGGUUUACGGGUCCCUAGUUCCCCUGAGGUCCAGGUAAGAAGGGGAGGGCAGUGCACAGCUGGCCGAGCUUUCCCAGGGGCCCUGCGGGGAGGCCCCUCCUAGCAUUCCUGAGGGACUUCCUGUGAAUCCCGAGGAGCAGGGCGGCCACUCCGAACGGUGGCAGAGGACAUGGGCCGGGUUCUGCCCCGCGGUCACUUGUGCUCAUUCCCUGCUCACCUCGUGUCCCCAGCAUUGAUAAAAAGCCAUAUAUACGUUA